ACCGAAAGAACAUACCGGGUUAUGAUUGAUAGGUUUUACGAGGGAUGUGAACGCAGCAGUCUGCGAGGGAAUGCGUCUGAUUCCUUCCCAGCUGCUUCACUUCACUUCUGCCAGUUUGGGAAGGAGGGACAGCGGUUCUUAAUAUUUGAAAGUCUUCUUCGGCCGAGAUGGCAGCCAUCAGGAAGAAGUUGGUGAUUGUGGGAGAUGGCGCGUGCGGCAAGACCUGUCUGCUCAUCGUCUUCAGUAAGGACCAGUUCCCGGAGGUCUAUGUGCCCACAGUCUUUGAGAACUACAUCGCCGACAUUGAAGUGGAUUGCAAACAGGUGGAACUAGCGCUGUGGGACACGGCGGGCCAGGAGGACUACGACAGAUUGAGGCCUCUCUCCUACCCUGACACAGACGUUAUCCUCAUGUGCUUCUCGAUUGACAGCCCCGACAGUCUUGAAAACAUUCCAGAGAAAUGGACACCUGAAGUCAAACACUUUUGUCCCAACGUCCCCAUCAUCCUGGUAGGCAACAAAAAGGACCUCAGGAACGACGAGAACACGCGCAGAGAGCUGGCCAAGAUGAAACAGGAGCCGGUCAAGUCUGACGAAGGCAGAGACAUGGCCAACCGCAUCGGCGCUUUCGGCUACCUGGAGUGCUCAGCCAAGACCAAGGACGGCGUGCGGGAGGUGUUUGAGAUGGCCACCCGGGCCGCCCUGCAGGUGCGUAAGCGCAAGAAGAGGAACGGCUGCCAGCUCCUGUGAGGAGGUUGAGGGUGAGGCAGCUGGCUUGCCAAACGCCAGUUAACCAAGGGCUCAAGGGAUGUGGAGAACCCUUCACUCAGUGGCGUCUGUGGACCUUGCAGAUACGCCACUGGCCAAUAUCAAAGACUGACACGCCUGUAACAGCAAAAACCCAUCAACCGUUGUAGGACUUUUCUUCCGCUUCUCACCACUUUUCUUUGUCUUCAAUCUUUUGAUGCCAAGGACCCACAACUCCUCCUUACAAAUGUUUGUAUUUAUGUGCAAUUACUUAACAAAUAUAUCACAUUUGCAUCUGCUAUAA